AUGGAUGUGGGAGCAUCAACUCCAUUCCGGUGGGCUUUUGAGGAGCGGGAGAAAUUGUUGGAAUUCUAUGAAAGAGUCUCGGGAGCCAGGAUGCAUGCCAAUUUCAUACGACCAGGUGGAGAGGCACAAGAUCUGCCUCUUGGCUUAUGUCGAGAUAUUGAUUCCUUCACACAACAAUUUGCUUCUUGUAUCGACAAAUUAGAAGAGAUGUCAACCGGCAACCGUAUCUGGAAACAACGAUUAGUGGAUAUUGGUACUGUCACUGCACAGCAAGCAAAGGAUUGGGGAUUCAGUGGUGUAAUGUUAAGAGGUCGUACGACAUAA